AUGCCCUCCGCUACAUCGACAUCCUCGACUGGCGGGGCAAGCGAAGCCGAGAAGCAAUCGACGCUUCGCCAUACAAACCUGGAUUUGCACAAUGGGGACUUGGAGGAGCCGUCGGGGCGGCACUCCGACGAUUAUGGAAAUGCGAAGAUUGAUGCCAUUCAGCAAAGGAAUCCCGCGUUGAGGUUUCUUGCCAACCUUGAAAGUCGAAUUGACCGUUUCGCAAAAUUUGAGGCCAUGGGCGUCGAAAGAGUUCCUGAAGACCAGCGCAAGCCCCCGCAAAUACUCAAUAUGAUCUUCUUUUGGUUUUCUGUUUUAUUCAGCCCGACAAUGAUCCAGAUCGGUAUUUUAGGCCCAGUCUUUGGCUUGUCAGUCAAUACGGCCAUGGUUCUCACCAUAUUCGCAACCCUCACCGGCUCGACUGUACCGGCCUUUACCGCCACGUUAUCGCCAAUGACAGGACUGCGACAAGUAGCAGUAUCACGAUACUCGUUGGGCCUUUGGGGCUCCAAGAUUGCCGCAGUGUUAAACGUCGUUAUCAAUGUGGGCUACGCCACUAUUGCCGCGAUUCUUGGAGGCCAGCUGCUCCGUGCCGUUUCAGGAGGUGGUCUGGCAUUGGUUGUUGGUAUUGUCAUUAUUGUCGUCAUUGCAUUUGUAGUAUCCUUUUUCGGCUACGGAAUUAUCCACCACUACGAAAGAUAUGCCUGGUUCUUUGCAUUCAUCCUCAUUUGCGUUCUCUACGGACAGUCCGCCAAGUACUUCUCCCCGAACCCAGACGUCAGCUUGAUUUCCGGGAUUGACCUCAGUGGAGCAUGUUUGUCCUACUUUGCCAUUAUUUUUGGCGUGUGUGCCUCAUGGUGUCCCAUUGCCGGAGACUACUAUGUGCACUAUCCGGCCAAAACCAGCAAAUGGCUGGUAUUUGGUUUAACAUACAUUGGUUUGACUGUGCCUACAAUCUUUGUCGGAAUCUUAGGGAAUCUUUUUGGAGGAAUUAUUCUCACGAACAAGGCUCUAUCCAACAUCCACGACAGCGGCGGUACUGGGGGCCUGAUUCUUGCUGUUAUGUCGCCUCCAGAUGCAUGGGGCAAGUUUGCCUGCGUCUUCUUUGCUCUAUCAUUCCUCGGGGAUACAAUUGCCAAUAUCUACUCAAGCGCCUUGUGCAUGCAACUUCUCGGCAAGCAUUUCGUUGCUGUUCCUCGGUUCAUUUGGUGCACCUUUCUGUGCCUAGUCACCUUUGCACUGGCAUACGGCGGGCGCAAUGUGCUAGAGCAAAUCAUCAACAACCUUCUUUCGAUCCUUGGAUACUGGACACUGGCAUUUGCUGUGAUUCUCUUCAUUGAACAUUUCUAUUUCCGACCACAGAUUGGAGGCUACGACUUGACCGCUUGGCAAGACCCGCAACGUCUACCACUGGGCUUGGCUGGGACCGGAUCCCUACUAAUUGGCAUUGGGUUUUCUUUCCUAGGCAUGUGCCAAACCUGGUAUGUUGCUCCCAUUGCCAAGAUGAUUGGCAAGUUCGGGGGAGACGUGGGCGACGAGCUCACUCUGAUCUCAGUGAUGAUUGCGUAUCCAAUCUUGAGAACGGUCGAGCUGAAAUGGGUUGGACGAUAG